AUGGCGACAAUCCAACAGUUGCUAGCCACAAAGUCUUCUGUAAAUUCACAGAAAACGCAGUAUAUGGACACGGUAGAAGCAUACGAUAAAUGGGCCGAGGUCUACGACACAGAUGGAAACUUCCUCCAACGUCUCGACACAAUCGAGAUGCACUCCUUACUACCCCAAUUCAUCGACCGAGUAAGCAGACGCUUUCAACCAGAGACCGAGGCCACUGAGACCAAGACCCGCCCCGCCCUAGUAGAUCUAGGCUGCGGAACCGGCCGCAACACAAUCCAGCUCCUCUCUGCCCUAUCCACAGCCAACAAAGCCAGUGACUUCACUGUAAUCGGACUGGAUGCCUCGCGGGGGAUGUUAGACGUAGCGCGGACUGCGACACGCGAGUAUGCGAAAAGCGCAACGGAGACGGACGUUGAGCUUGGUAUCCUUGACCUCCUUCAACCUGUAUCGAAGACGCAGCUUCCGUCUUCAUUGUGUGGAGUGGGUGCUGUGGGUGUGAUAUCUACGUUGGUGCUGGAACAUAUUCCGCUUGAGCGGUUUUUGCGGCUGCGGCGGGGAUUAUGA